ACACCGGCCAGUUGCCCUGCGCGCGCGCCGGCGUCGAUCGUAUCAAGUUAAAUUAAGAAUACAACAUGGCGGCGCGGUCGGUCCUCUCCAUUCAAUACCUCACAUUUUCAAAAAGAGCUUAUAGCUCGAAAGUAGACAAGAAUGUCGCCUUCCUCGGCCUCGGAAACAUGGGCAAAUACAUGGCGGCCAACUUAGUUAAACAGGGUUUUGUAGUGCGCGGUUACGAUCCGUCGGCGGCGGCGUUGGCUGAGGCGGCUAAGACCGGCGUGACGGGUGCCAGCUCGAUCGCUGCAGCUGUGGACGGCGUCGACGCCGUAGUCUCCAUCCUGCCCAGCAACAAGGUCGUACUCGACGCGUAUCUAGGCAAGGACGGCGUAGUCGCACGUGCUCCGAAAGGCGCUCUGCUCAUUGACUCUUCUACGGUGGACCCCAACGUGCCGAAGGAGAUCGAGCCGGUCGCCAUCAAAAACGGUGUCGGCUUCAUUGAUGCGCCCGUUUCGGGAGGUACGAUGGGGGCCCAAAAUGCGACACUCGCGUUCAUGGCGGGCGGCAGUAAAGAGAAUUUCGAGCGAUCCCUGCCCAUGCUGAAGGCCAUGGGCGCCAAACACUUCCACUGCGGCCAGAGCGGUGCUGGCCAGGUCGCCAAGCUCACCAACAACAUGCUCAUGGGCAUCACCGGGAUGGCCACUGCCGAGUGCAUGAAUAUGGGUAUCAAAAUGGGUCUCGACCCGCAAGUCCUUUUGGAUGUGCUAAACAACUCAUCGGCACGUUCGUGGUCCACUGAGGUGUACUGCCCCGUGCCCGGCCUCGUCCCCACCGCGCCCUCCAGCAGAAACUAUGAUGGCGGCUUCAAGAACGAGCUGAUGGUUAAGGAUCUGGAGCUGGCGAGCGGCAUGGCUCUAGGCAUUCGCUCUCCCAUUCCUCUGGGUGCGGUGGCGACGCAGCUCUACCGCAUCGCGCAGUCUCGCGGCUACGGCCAGAAGGACUUCUCCUUCAUCUUCCAGCUGCUCCAGGAAGAGAGCAAGCAAUAAAUGUCUGAAAACUUC